AUGUCUUCAUCCGACAAACAGUUUUUCGGGCCCCUAACACUGCAUCAAAAGGUGGAUAAACCAAGUGUUUUUAAGAACGACGAUCCAGAGGAAUGUGCCUGUCUUCUUUGUGAUGAAAAAUACAUCUUACCUACUUCUGAGAAAGAUUUGCUUACACAUUUGUUCAUGAAGCACCGUCUCGUUAUUGCAGAUGUCAACCAAAUAGCCGAUCUUCCAAACUACAUACAUUUUUGGAAGUCAAGAUUUAAAGAUCAAAACCUGCCAUUUUUCUGUACAACUAUGCUUUUGGAUAACAAACCUGAUGGUACUAAGUCCAAAAAUGAAGAAUACUUUCUACUAAGUGAUGUUUUACCUGAAGAUAAGGAAAUAAGGUCAAAUCUCAGACAAUCAAAACUGGAAAAACUUCUAGAAAGGCAUGCUUUUGAGAGAGAGGACAGAAACUAUCUAAAGGAGUGUUUAUUUUGUAGGUAUAUCUCAAAUGACACUAGAGCUAACUAUUUGAACCAUUUAUACGAAAAACACAAUUUUCACAUUGCUAAGCCAGAUAAUCUCAUAUUUAUUGAUGAUCUUGUAGACUUUUUAUCAACAAAAUUAGAAGGAUUGCAAUGCAUAUACUGUGAAGGCUUAUUUAAAGAUAGGACAAUACUUAAAGAACACAUGCGUAAGAAGGGUCAUAAGAGAAUAAAUGCAGCAAAUAAAGACUAUGAUAAAUUCUUUCUUGUUAAUUAUAUUGGUGAAAAGCAAACCAAACCAAAGUUGUGUAAGCCAUAUACAUCAAAAGUACAGAAGCAAGACGAUAUUGAUUCAAAUGUUGAUAGCGAUCCUGAAUGGUCAGAAUGGACUGAAGAAGAUUGUCCAUUAAUAACCUGCCUUCUAUGUGAACAUACAGAAAAUGAAUAUGAAAACAUAUUGGAACAUAUGAAAUGCCUACACGAGUUUUCUUUUACAGAAACCACAAAUGGAAUGGAUUUCUAUCACAAAGUGAAAAUAGUUAAUUAUAUCAGACGCCAAAUACUUUUAAAGCAAUGUUUAUCAUGUGAUACUAAAUUUGAUGAUCAAAAGAACUUUGAAAAGCAUAUUAAAGAGACAAAUCAUUGGGUUCUAAAAAAGGAAAAGUGGGAUCAGCCAGAAUACUACUUUCCGACAUAUGAAGAUGAUUUGUUCCUAUGUUUUAUUCAUGAUGAUGAUGAAAGUUGGUGGUCUAGUGAUGAACAAGAAGCUAAUAAAACAAAUAGUAUGUCUGAAAGUAUAUCUAAGGAGAUGGCUAUGGCUGUGCUCAGUGAUUGA